AUGAAUUCAGGUGAUAAAAAAAAAUAUCAACAGAAGACAGGCAUGAUCGAUGUAAGUGACACAAAAGAAACAAUUCAAUCAGAUGAAUCUUUUAAUAGUGACCUUAAUAAUAUUAAAGAUAACUGUGAAAACUUUUUUAAUAUCGAUAAGCACAAUACUAACGAAACAAAUGUUUCUAAUCAACAGAAAUAUAAUAAGAACAUGAUUCGCUAUGGAUUUCAACCUUAUUCAUAUAACCCAUACCUAAGAAUUAGUCAUCCAGACCUAUUAAUUCAUAAAAGACCUGUAUCUCCUGUACUUAAUCCACGAACUCAACACGUUGUUUAUAAAAAAACUGCUUUAGACUAUUUAAGUGAAAUUGCUGAACAAGAAAAUGAAAGAAUUAAUAAAAAAAAUUAUGAAAAAAACAGCUUUAGUUCUGACAAUAUAUAUGUAGAACAGCUGAAGGAACUAAGAAGGCGUCGAAGAGAUAGACGGCGGAAUUUAGACAGGCUAGAAAGUGAUUUGGAUUAUUCUAAUCACGAACUGAUGUAUAAUACAUCUCCCGCCGUCUUUAAUAGAAAAAGGCGUGAACAUAGAAAAAAGGCACCACGUAAAAGUAUUGUGCUAAUUGAUUCGUUGUCAAAUGAAGAAGAGGCUAUCGAAAGUUUUGCCGACUUCCCCGACUCUAUGUUUGCGUCAAAGACAAAGAACAAUACUAGGGUGUUUUGCUGCGCAAAUAAGGAAUGCGAAGUAGAACUACCCUCGUUGAGUCGAAUCAAGCGUCACUAUCUGGUUCAUACAAGCUUAAAGCCAUUUAAGUGUUUGAACCAAAAAUGCGACAAAAGAUUCUCUAGGAAGGAUAAUAUGUUACAACAUUUUAGAACUCAUUGUAAAAAUAAAAAGAAAAAAGAAUCAUAUUAA